UAACACACACACAGCCACACACAAAUAAUAUUAAUCACAUUUUUACGUCUAAAUAAUAUCUCUAACGCCAUUUUCGAGGAAUAGACGUUUAACAAAUUCCUUGCAGAAGUUAUUUAAAUGCAACAUUAUGCAACCUAAAAUUACUGGAACAGAGAGAACAGUGAUUUAGUAUCCUAUAUCCAUGCCUAGGACUAUAAACCUCAUUUUUCCAUCCAUAUCAUGCAUGUACUAUGAUUUACACAUUAUCUCAUCAUCUUCGUUGUUUUUUUCUGCACCAGCGAUUAUUAUCCUUUUUAAAAUCAAUUAUCCAACACUUAAUUCAUUGGUUUUAUGCUCUGUAUUAAUUUCGAGCUAUAUUUACAUACCAGGUUUGACAUCCUUCGAUUACCUGAGAAAAUACAUGCAGCUGAUAACUUCUCGAAGACAACUGUAUUCCUUAGUGUUUACGAGGAACAGGGAUCUUGAGAGCAUCCGCGAGGUGCGAGUCCUGGUGGAAGACUUCGGAUCCGCCCUUGGAGACGCCCUCGGAGCCCAGCUGAAGGAGGCGCAGCUGGAUCGCCUGAAGGAGCUCGUGCCUCUGCCGGAGGUGGCACUCGAGAGGGAAUUUUUCGUGCUCAUCGCCGCCUUUGCUGAGCGCCUUUUCUGCUACGAACUGUUGGCAGCACCCGACGUGUACGUGGAACCGCGAGAUUUGGUGGAACAGCUGGAUUUCCAACAUCUAGACGAGAGGUUGGAAGGUGUCAUCCUAGAUCCUCGUCUGCAUAAUGUUCUCACUACCAUACGUGACUUAGGAUAGGCCUACACUGAAGGGGUAAACUGCCUUAUGAACUGGUUACAAAAGCGAAAGGAAAAAAAAAAGAUUUGUCAUAUAAGCUCCUGAAAUUUGAAGGUUGGCAGUAUGACAGGGCGUUCUUGCAAUUUUAUUAAUAAAAUUUUCUCUUCCUUA